AUGAUCUCGGCAACGAAAUGGGUUCGCCGCGGCGUCGCUGCAGAAUUCCCUGAAAAAAUCGAGCUGGAUGAGGACGAAAUGACCAGAAUCUCCAACCUGGCCCGUAUGCAACUCGAUGAUGCCCGGCUGGACCUGGCUGAGGCUGAGGCCCAAGCUGGUGGUGCGAUUGGCAUUGAUGAAGAGGCUGAAGAGAAUGGAGAGGCUGAGGAGUCCAACGACGAGUCCACGGAAGAGCCUGUGGAGCAGCCCAAGGAAGCGGCUGAUGACGACGAUGAUCUUGCAGAGUAUAAUAUGGAUGAUUACGACGAUGAGCCCGUCAACACAGCCAUGAGCGCUAUUGCCAAUGUACGUGGCCUUGCGUAUCAUGCUCCUGAUGAGCAGGAUCAGUAUUUAACUUUGCCUACUGAGCAGGAGCUCGAGGCGGAGCGAGAAGAACUUCAGAUUUUACCCACGGACAACCUGAUUUUGGCUGCUAAAACUGAAGACGACGUCUCUGUUAUGGAGGUUUAUGUUUAUAAUGAAGCAGCUGAGACUGAUGUUGCUGCCCUUUACGUCCACCACGACUUUAUGUUACCUACUUUCCCAUUGUGCCUUGAGUGGCUUCCCUGCAAAGUUGGCGAGACGAAAUCCAAAGCCAAUUUGGUCGCUGUUGGUACAUUUGAGCCCGAGAUUGAGAUUUGGAACCUGGACGUCGUUGAUGGUGUUUUCCCGGUUGCAAUCCUUGGCCAAAAGCCAGAGGAUGCGAAGAUUGUCGCUAAGGGAACAGGUAAGAAGAAGUCGAAGCUGAAGAAAGCCAAUGAUGAAUAUCACGUUGAUGCGGUUCUUUCGUUGUCUUCCAAUCCUCAUUUUGUCAACCUUUUGGCAAGUGCUAGCGCAGAUACCACGGUUAAAUUGUGGGAUCUUGAAACCACCAAAGCUGUCAAGUCAUUUGGAUAUCACACCUCUAAGGUUUCGUCCGUCGCGUGGAAUCCUUUGGAAGGUACCGUUUUGUUGUCCGGCGGUUACGACCAUUAUGCCCGGGUUGCUGACCUGCGUUCGGACGAUUCUGCUCCUACUGUUCGAAACUUCCGCGUGGAAGGCGAUGUUGAGAGUGUUAAAUGGCACCCCAAUGGUUACGAAUUUUUUGCUGGUACUGACCGCGGUGUUGUAUACAAAUUUGAUGCCCGGAAAGAAAGCCAGCCUCUUUGGAAGCUUCAAGCCCAUGAUAGUGAGAUCACAUCUUUCGAUAUCAAUGCGUUUGUCAAUGAUUAUAUGGUGACUGGUUCAGUUGACAAGUCAAUCAAGCUAUGGAACCUGGCUGGAGACCGCCCCUCUAUGCUUUUGAGCCGUGAUCUGGAUGUUGGCAAGGUGUUCUCAGUUGGAUUCGGCCCUGAGAAGGAGACUGCUGGUCAAUUGACCGUCGGUGGUAGUUCAGGAAAGCUCAAGGUGUGGAACACGUUCAGUAACAAGGCCGUUCGCUCACAAAUGGCAAAGGACUACCGCUACACAGGAAAUGGGGAACAAAUCGCCGUCGCUGAUGAUGGGUUUGAGGAUGAGAGCGAUGACGAUGAUAAUUAA